CUUGCACCAUCUUAACUUUUUGAAGCAAAGUGGGUCGAAAAAGUAGUGCUUGAGAUUUCUGUGAACAUUCUCGCCGGCCAAAGAACAACAGAACGUCAAUCCGCGCAAAGCGCAUAUUGUUGUCACCAUGCCUGUCUCCAAGGCCACCAAGAAGUUCGAGAAGAACAAACUCGGCGAUGUCAUCAAGGCGCGCAAAAAUGUCGCCAAAGUCAAGCAGAGGAAGCAAAUGGACGCAAAAAAGAAGCAGCGCAAGGCGUCCGACAACGCAAAAGCCGAGGAUCUCGAAGAGGAUGGUGUGAAGAAGGCUAACAAGUCUGCCAACGAGGACAACUUCGGCGACAUGUCCAUGGAUCAGUUCUUCGAGGGCGGCUUCGACAUGCCCAAGAUGAAGAAGACAAAAGCAAAGACCGGGAAGCGCAAGCGGACACCUGUCAAGGAGGACCACUCUGAGGGUUCGGAAGACGAAGAGAUGGUCGAUGCGACAGCGAACAGCGAAGACGACUCCGCCUCAGACAGCGAAUCGGGCGACGACGCCGAGACACACAUGCGUGACAUCGAGGCGCUGAAGGAGAAGGAUCCCGAAUUUUACAACUACCUGAAGAGCAACGAUGCAGAGCUGCUUGACUUCGCCGAGGACGCCAAUCUUGACGAGAUUGACGCGCUCAGCGCCAGUGAGGACGAGACAACGCCGCGAAAGAAGCAGAAGAAGGUUGCGAAGGACGCGCCCGAGUCAGAUGAUGAAAGUGAGGCAGCGACUGGCAACGAGGUCUCGAUACAGCUCAUCCAGAAGUGGAAAUCGGCCAUGGACACAAAGUCGUCUUUGAGAGCAAUGAAGGAGGUUGUACUGGCCUUCCGAUCGGCAGCACAUCUCAACGACGAGGAAGGGAAAACAUACAAGUACUCGAUAUCAGAUCCUGACGUCUAUCACCAAGUUCUGGUCUCCGCCCUCACGCUUGUCCCUAAGGUUCUGCAACACCACUUGCCCGCGAAGGAGAGCGCUGGAGGCAAAAUCCGUGUGUCCACGGAUUCGAAGAAGUUCCGCACAUUGACACCGCUCCUCAAGUCGCAUACAGUCUCGAUUCAGCAUCUGCUAGAGAACUUAUCCGACGCCUCUACGCUACGCACCACACUCGACUCGCUGUUGAGUUUGCUACCAUACAUCUUGUCUUUCAAGAAGGUCGUUCGCGAGAUAGUCAAGACUGUGGCAGACGUCUGGUCGGACUCAUCCAACAAUGAAGUCACCAGACUCUCAGCUUUCUUAGUUCUGCGACGCCUGAUGGUCAUCUCGGACCCUAGCUUGCGGGAAGCAGUCCUAAAGCAGGUCUACCAAGGCCUCGUCAAGGGCGCUCGAAACACCACGAUUCAUAACAUACAAGGCAUCAAUUUGAUGAAGAACACUGCCUCUGAGCUCUGGGGACUUGACCCCACUGUCGGCUAUACUACAGGCUUCGGCUUCAUCCGCCAACUGGCCGUUCACCUGCGUUCCAGUAUUACCAACAAAACCAAGGACUCAUACAAGACGGUCUACAACUGGCAAUACGUCCACUCUCUCGACUUCUGGUCGCGCGUCAUAGCUGCCCACUGCGAAUCUCUCCGCGAAGCCGAGUCCGGCAAACCCUCUCCCUUGCGACCAUUGAUCUACCCCGUCGUCCAGGUCACCCUCGGAGCCUUGCGUCUCAUCCCCACAGCACAAUACUUCCCGCUUCGUUUCCAGCUUAUUCGCUCCCUACUUCGCAUCUCGUCCGCAACAUCAACUUAUAUUCCGUUGGCGCCCGCGCUCAUCGAAGUUCUGCAGUCCGCCGAGAUGAAGAAGUCACCCAAACCCUCGACCCUCAAGUCCCUCGAGUUCAGCACACAGAUCCGCGCUAUGAAAGCUUACCUGCGCACGCGUAUCUACCAGGAUGGUGUAGGUGAACAGGUUGCUGAGCUCUUGUCAGAGUUCUUCCUGUUAUGGACCAAGAAUAUCGCGUUCCCCGAACUCGCGCUCCCCGUGAUUGUGAUGCUCAAGCGUUGGGUCAAAGCCAUGACCAAGAAAGCCUCUGGCAACCGAAAUGCCAAGAUCAACUCUCUAUUCGCUUUGCUUAUUCAAAAACUGGAGGCCAAUGCAAAGUGGAUUGAAGAGAAGCGUGCAAAGGUCGACUUCGCGCCUAACGACCGCGCUGGCGUUGAUAAUUUCCUGAAGGAUGUGGACUGGGAAAAGACGCCUUUGGGCGCUUACGUCGCUGGCCAAAGGAAAGUCAGGGACCAGAAACAGAAACAGCUCGACGAUGCAAGGAAGCAAGAGGAAAAGAAGAAGAAAGAGUACGAGAAGGAGGAUGCAGAGGCCAAGGCCGAGACGUUCGAUGCUGAUAGUGGAGAGUUUGAGGAAGACGAGGACCUCGAGGACGAUAUUAACGACAUUGAGGACGACGAUGACCUCGAUGAGGACAGCGAUGACGAGUAGAUAUCAGACUUGAAAAUAUCCUUGUUAGCUUCAUAGUAUGAGUGUGUAUCAGUGCUUAUUGGCAUAUCCUCAAAUGGAAAGACUGCACAAUGCCGCGCAAUGCACCAUCCGCGACAUGUACUACACGAAUGAAUUAGAGUACUCGCAACCAAGCACUGUGCGAAUCGAGGCAGCCAGGAGUCCCUGGAACGUCACUAUGCGUGUCAUCGUCACAGAAGUCAAAGUGGAUCUUGACAGGCAUGCUGAAGCACAAGAAGUUGCAAGCUUCGACACCACGCCACAGUGAGGCAUCCGCCAGGCUUGGAAUGUCUUGUGCCUCACGUAGUCUUCAAAGAAAG